GCCAUCCUGCCCACACACCCCAAGUCAUCCCUUUUAGGGGAGCGGGCGGGCGCCGGCAGUUUGCUGUUGCUCCGGUAUUUAUACCAAAGACACAGCAGAACCGGGCCCUGAAGCCAGGAAGUCCUGCCUGUCACUCGGUGCUCCUGUCCUCUAACCUGCCCAGCCAAUCCCACCAUGUGUGAAGAAGAGACCACUGCACUUGUGUGUGACAAUGGGUCUGGCCUGUGCAAGGCUGGCUUUGCUGGUGAUGAUGCACCCCGGGCAGUUUUCCCUUCCAUUGUGGGGCGCCCUCGACAUCAGGGUGUGAUGGUAGGAAUGGGCCAAAAAGACAGCUACGUGGGAGAUGAGGCCCAAAGCAAGAGGGGCAUCCUGACUCUCAAGUACCCCAUUGAACAUGGCAUCAUCACCAACUGGGAUGACAUGGAGAAGAUCUGGCACCACUCUUUCUACAAUGAGCUUCGAGUAGCUCCUGAGGAACACCCCACCCUGCUGACAGAGGCCCCUCUAAAUCCCAAGGCAAACAGGGAGAAGAUGACCCAAAUCAUGUUUGAAACCUUCAACGUUCCUGCCAUGUAUGUGGCUAUCCAAGCUGUUCUGUCUCUCUAUGCCUCUGGCCGUACCACUGGCAUUGUCCUGGACUCAGGGGAUGGAGUCACCCACAAUGUGCCCAUCUAUGAAGGCUAUGCCCUGCCUCAUGCCAUCAUGCGUCUGGAUCUGGCUGGCAGGGAUCUCACUGACUACCUCAUGAAGAUCCUCACAGAAAGAGGCUACUCCUUUGUGACCACAGCUGAACGUGAAAUUGUAAGGGACAUCAAGGAGAAACUGUGCUAUGUGGCCCUGGACUUUGAGAAUGAGAUGGCCACUGCUGCCACCUCUUCUUCCCUGGAGAAAAGCUAUGAGCUACCUGAUGGUCAGGUUAUCACCAUCGGCAAUGAGCGCUUCCGAUGCCCAGAAACCCUCUUCCAGCCCUCCUUCAUUGGUAUGGAGUCUGCAGGCAUUCAUGAAACAACCUACAAUUCCAUCAUGAAAUGUGACAUCGACAUCCGGAAGGACUUAUAUGCCAACAAUGUCCUCUCUGGUGGAACCACCAUGUACCCUGGCAUUGCAGACAGGAUGCAGAAGGAGAUCACAGCCCUGGCGCCCAGCACCAUGAAGAUCAAGAUCAUUGCUCCCCCUGAGCGCAAGUAUUCCGUUUGGAUUGGGGGCUCCAUCCUGGCCUCCCUCUCCACCUUCCAACAGAUGUGGAUCAGCAAACCAGAGUAUGAUGAGGCUGGGCCUUCCAUUGUCCACAGGAAGUGUUUCUAAGGAUGGAGUCCAUGGAGCCUCCUUGGCGCUGCUCUUCCUCCUGCACCCUCUGCUCUGUUGCUGAUCCCAAUGCAUUAAAGUUGGCAAGCUUUAUCUUUCUGUAUGGACCUCUUCUUUCCCCAUGUAAUGCCUCUAGCUUGGAUGUCAGUGGGAAUGAAGACCAGGUUACUCAUUGUGGAACAUAAAAUCACUGGACUUAGAGCUGGAAGGGAUCUCAGAGAACACCUGGUCCAAUUCCAAGUAGUCCUUUCACUUCACUGAGUCUCAGGUUAAGAGACCUGCCUAAGAACACAUAGCAGCUAGUCAGUCCCAGAACCUAGAUUAGAGGGCAGUUCUCCUACCUCACUGUCAAAUCCAGUGUACUAGUUCAAUAAAUAUUCAUUCAUUCAUUUCAACUCAAUGUAGUUCUCAAGAGCAACCCCACCCCACCCUGAGGGAGUAAUCAUGUCAGUAGAUGUCCAAAUAGAGGAUAAUACAUGCAUGUCUGUUUGCCAAACUCUACCUAAUCAGCAUGUUUAUUUUUUAAUUCAAUUAAAAACUUUUAUAAAUAGCAUUUACUCCCAAAUGUCUGUCUCCUCAUCCCCUCUCCACACCUUAGAAGGCAUCUUCUGGCAAACAGAUACAGAGAAAUGUAAUGUCUAUCGUGUUUCCAUUUUUCAGUUCAUUCUUUGAAGGUGAACAUUCACAAGUUAUUCUUUAAAUAUUAAAUCUGUAGCUAUAAAUAA